CCGACAGUCGAACAGCGACGGCGAACUCGUUCGGUCUUCAGCCCGGGCCCUGCUUCUUCACUCCGCAAGCCAUUUGCACCCAAGAGACUCGCCACCGAGCCUCUCACUCAUCCGCGGAGCUGGGCAGCAGUCGUCACAGGGAACGGGCCAGACCUCACCCAUUUGGCAUUUGACCAGUACCCCCGCCAUCUUCAUAGUUUCCAAGGGCGGCCCAUCAGUCGUUCUACUCUUGAAAUCCUCACGCGUUCUACUUCUCCAUCUCUUUUCACAUCGUGUUGCUCAUCUGCUCAACUCUUGGUUUUCCCACGUGCCGCCGUCGUCCGCCUCACUCCAGAUCCACAGGCUCACGCUCCCCGCCUUGAGCUGCUUCCCGCACCCCACUUCUGGCCUCCGCACUCCACCCUUUGUACGCCAUGGCCUCUCUUGCCCACGUCGCGUACUGCUUCGAGACUCUAGAUUCCAGUCUCCACAGGCGCCAACCACUGAGCCUCAAGGAGGUGGAGCAAUUCUGGGAGCGAUACACUGCUGAGUCGGCUGAGGAGGACUUGGAAGGCGAGGAAGACGGGUCUGAAGAUGAAGAAGAUUUGGAUGAGGACAUGGAUGAUGCGUUGGAGCAGCAGACGUUGAAGCCUCCGGCGAUCAGCCGUCUGACGGCGGCUAGCCCAUCCUCGGCGUCAACGUCGACGUCCUCGUCGUCCAAUCCCUCAGUUGCUUCAUCCAGAAGCUCUGCGCCCACACCCGCUUCGUCCAAGUCAUCGUCUCGUACGUCCUUCUUCUCCCUGGGGCGCCGCUCGAAGAACACGUCCGCGGAGGCUCCUGCGCCAGUGAACGCGCACCCACUCUUCGUGACCUGGAACACGAUCAGCAAAUACGGCAGCAAGAGCCUCCGCGGCUGCAUUGGCACGUUCGAGGCUCAGGAGUUAUCCGAUGGACUGCGCAGCUACGCAUUGACAGCCACCGAGGGCGCCGCUAAUCUUGUGUACGCGCGCAGGGCCUUUGACGACACGCGCUUCAGCCCCAUCGCGUUGCGCGAGCUGCCCACGCUCGAGUGCGGCGUAACGCUGCUGACCAACUUCCAGCCGGCCGAGUCGCCCAUGGCAUGGGAGCUGGGCAAGCACGGGCUGCGCAUCUCGUUCACGUACCACGGCCGCCGCUACGGCGCGACGUACCUGCCGGAUGUGGCGCGCGAGCAGGGCUGGACCAAGGAGGAGACGAUAGUCAGCCUGAUGCGCAAGGCGGGCUGGAGCGGCCGCCGCGACGACUGGCGCAAGAUUGACCUCAGCGUCGUCACGUACGAGGGCGCCAAGGAGACGAUGCGGUUCCAGGAGUGGCGCGUGUGGAGGGACUGGGUCGAGGUGCAGGGCGUGCCGAAAGCGCCGUUGAACUGA